AUGACGGACAACAAGCUUGACCAGAUCGUCAAAGGCGCCCCACCUCCCAACAUCUCCCCCUCCCAAGUAGCCAAAGCAGCCAAAUCCUCCUCCCCAUCACCCAGCAACCCCAUCACAACCCCGCACCUCCCACCCAACCACACCCCGUCCACCACCUCCACCUCGACCUCGACCUCCCCCGACCCCCGCGACGCCCUCCCCUCCUCCCCACCCCAAAUCUACCUCAACCUCCUCAUCCUCGAGUCCUCCCUCCGCCUCCAAUACCUCUCCCUCCGCUCCCGUCUACGUCUCCACACCCUCCUGCUCUUCCUCCUCACCGCCUGGUUGAGCGUAUUCACUUAUCUCCUCUUCUUCCGGCCGCGCGAGGAUGGUUCGGGGGUGGGUGGGAGUGUAUACUGGGUUAUUGAGACUACGGAGAAACUUGGGUGGAGUGGGGGUGUGGUGACGUUGUGUCUUGUCUGGGGGACCGGGUUAUAUGAACGCGGCGUACGCUGGCCGAGACGGUUUGUGGGGACUACGAAUCGCGGACUGAGGGGUUUUAAUAUGAAAGUCGUGGUUGUCAAGGGGUCAUUUUUGGGCGAGGUGCUAGGGUGGGUGGGGAUGUUGGACGCGGCGGGGUGGGUUAGAGAAGAGCGAGUGGAUUUCCAGGUCCUACCAAAGGAUAUCGAAGCUAGUGCUGCCGGAUCGAGUGAAAAGAAAGCUGGACUGACAACGGAACACUGGAAUGCGCAUGCUACGAGACAUGGGCUUAUAGAAGAGGAUAUCGCGCCCUCGGGAGAUGUACUCAAGUUGUUACUACUCCCCAAACCCUUCUCCCCCGACUUCCGCGAAGGCUGGGAGAACUUCCGUCUAGAAUACUGGGAGCGCGAGAAUGCGCGCCGCGGCGACUUACGAAAACUUGUCCGUGCCCGGAAACGGGAAGUCGCGAGGCGGGAAGGCGGAUGGUUAUGGUGGACCGGCUGGCGAGGCUGGAGCAACAUCCGUCUUUUCUCGUCCAAAAGCCGUCGGCAGCUCGAUCUGGAGAGGCUUGCUCUAAGGGAGUGGAAACCGGGGAUUAGGACGGCGGCUUUGGUUGCUUCGGUGGGGAGGGAGACGGGGGGGCAUAGGAAACGGGAUAGUGCGCUUUUGCGAUCGGAGUCGCAUUCGAGGGGGUCGAGUCGGAGUUCGACGCCGGGUCCUGCUCCUGCUGUGAAUGUUGUGGCGGUGGAGGGGGGUGAGGGGGGGAAGUUGCCGCUGGGGCAUGUGAGGAGGGGGAGUAGUUCUGCUAGAAGGCCGAAGAGGCAUACGGCGUUGGGGAGUGGGAGUCGGUUGAGUGCUACGGAGAGUGUAUUGGAUGGUGGUGGGGAGGAGGCGAAACGGGCUAGCACUGUUGGUUCGGGGGUUGGUGGUGAUGUGAAGAGGGAGGAUGACCACGAGGUGAAGCCUGUGUUUGCUAAUGAGAUUAAGUUGGAGCCUGCUGAGGCGUAG